AAGAAGACGCAGAAACGUCAACACUGCUGUUUAUUCUUCACAGCUGCAUGUUUUGCCUUGAUUAACCUUUACAACUAGCUCAUCAAUUAUAAUGCGAUAUAAUGUAAACAGUUACAGUUUGUAAACCUGCUGUGAAGCAAUGUCUCGUGUUUGUAAGAAAAAGCCCUCAGUGUGCACGGAUGACCCUCUUAGUAAUGAUGAGAUGUGCCACAAAAUAGCAGUAAUGAGGCACGCGCUGAACUCUUGCUAUGGCCCACGUGGCAGAUUAAAACAAAUCCACAACAGUGUCGGGGGACAUGUUCAGACCACAUCCACCUCAGCUGUACUGCUCAAAGCCAUGACUUUCUCCGAGCCGCUGCUCAAACUGAUCACUGCAGCCAUCUUGGAUCACACCGCGAGAUUCAGCGACUGCGGGUUGUUUACAGGAGUCUUUUGCCUUGGCCUCAUUGAAAAUGGCAAGCGGUUGGGACUCGGGUCUGCUGUAGCAAGUCGGGUGUAUAAAUACUUGUUAGAAGUAUGCAAUGGGUAUCUCAGCGCAGACGGCUGUGACUGUAAGGUUCACGUAGACUUCAGCAGCAUUCGAUCACUCAUCGCUUUAGCUCAUACUGCGGUCACUAGCAAACCAGCCUGCAUGCUCAACCAUGAUGAAUUACAACAUAUCGCCUCUCUGAUUGUGCAUGCCUUCCUUCAGUCUGUUCCUCCGGGUUCAGCAAACACCUUUGGAAGAACGCUGGUGGUGACCUUAGAAGGACAGCCGGUGAGCGAUUCUGCUGUUUUCCCUGGAUUACUAGUCGAAGUGCCCAUUCUGCAGUCGGUGGAUCUGAAGAACCAUAAUCCAGGUCCCGAUAAGAUAGUGUUAUUUUGCGCAUCUCUGUCAGGUGACUGCUCUGAAAUUGGAGAAGCAACUUUAGAGAUCCAAGUGGGAAUAAAUCCAGAGACGGCCAUCUUGGAGCAGUUGAUGAAACUUGGAGAGCGAGUGGUUCAGGACGGUGUUGGAGUGUUUGCAUGUCAGAAGGUGAUUCACCCUGUGCUGCAGCAGUACUUGAAGGAACGUGGACUGGUGGUCAUCGAGAGACUCGGACUUGCCCUACUGGAGCCACUUGCCCAAAUGACAGGCGCUCUGAUUAUGGCAUCUAUCUGCUCCCCAGUCCCAGCCAAAGCAUAUGGACAGAUCGGGGGACUCCAUCUGCACCGAAUUGGAUCUAAAGAGCUUCUCCAGCUCCUUCCUUCUGGAGAGGCAGCCGUUAACACAGUGGUGCUCUGUCACAGGAAUGAAACGAUGUUAGAGGAGCUCAAGGUGACAUUUCAGAGAGCAGAGCAUGUACUGCGACUGACUCUUAAGGAGCCUUAUGCACUAAUUGGAGGAGGCUGUACAGAGACAGUGCUGUCUGCUUACAUAAAAUACAUGAGUGAGUCUAAGGCCAGUGAAGCAGCCUCGGCUCUAAAGUGCUCACGUGCGGAGUUUCUCCUCGCUACCGAGGCGUUCUGCUGCUCUCUGCAGUCUGUGGCUCUUUCUUUAGACCAUGAUGACCAGCACUUCCUCAUGGACUUGACUCAUGCUCAUUGCUGGGUUGCAGAAGAGGAUGCACACUCACAAACCACAACCUUUCACGCCUGCAACUGUGGUCUGGUAAAGGAAAAGGCAGAUCUGGAGAAGAUCUUUCUUAAUAUUCCUCUAAAGACAGCAUAUCACUCCUUCCUGCCAGCGCGAAUCAAAUCUGAUGUUCAGCCAGAACUGUUGGACUCGUUCACUGCCAAACUCAAUGCCUUGAAUGUUGCUGUAGAGACAGCUGAUCUUGUGCUCAGUGUAAAAUAUAUUAUUAGGGAUGUGAAUUAAUUGGGGAUAUUUGUAAAUGAGUUUAAUAUUUGAUAUGACACUUGGCAAACAAGGCAGCCCUGUGGUAGUUCCUGUAUCUAAACAUUAGAUGGAGACAUUCAUUCUGGAGAAGAUUACAGCUCAGUCCCACUUUGGCAUUCUGUGAAUCCAAACUCUGUAUUUUUUUUUCUUUGAAAUUAGUAUUUAUAACAAAAGAAAAUAUUAGUAUUUAUGGGGACUUUGAUGUCAUGUCAACUAUUAUCUUUGUAUUUUAUUUUAUUAUUUGUCUUUUAUUUAUUUAAAUUAUAUAUUGGCACAGAGUAUUAGUGCAAAUGCCAUGCCCAGUUGAGUUUCCCAAAAGCUUCCUUAAUGCCCAAGAAGCAUUUGGUUGUUUUUUAUGCAGUUCUAUGCAUAUGCAGUUCCAAACUAAGGCUCAGUUUUAUGUAGUUGCAUUAAAAACUCUGAAUUGUGAUCAGAGCGAUAGUGUUACCACUUUAAUUUACAGUCAGCUGCAGAAUUAUUUGCACCUUUGGUAAAGAUAGGUAAAAUGGUUAUGGAAAAAUGUCUUUGUGAUUAGUUUCAAACUAUAGUUUUCAUUUAUAUAUGUCUAUCUGUAUAGAUAGAUCGAUAGACAGACAGACAACAGUGUCACACUUUGAAGGUCUGAUGUUUUUUUUCUUUUGGACUCUCCUCUUCCUUCAGGUGAUUGGGGUGACCAUAUCAGAAGCUUGAUUUAGUCAUUCAACCAUUUUUUGCAUUUGUGUGUGUGUGUGAGGGGGCGGGGAAAUCCUGUGGAUGAUCCAGCUGACCUAGUUGUAGCUUCUUGGAAGAGGCAGCCAUGUUUUCAUUUAAACUCUCUUGGUACUUCAUGGAAACUGUGAUGUCAUGUACAGUAUCCUAACAAGGUUCCCAGAGGUUUCCCUUCAGAGGAACGGCAGUCCCGUAACAUCAAAUAUCCCCUAUUACACUUAACAGCGGGGAUUAGGGUCUUUUCUGGUUAUCCAAUUUUCGUUUUUACACCAAAACAAAAAGCUCUAUUUUUGUCUUAUCUGACUGUAGAACUUGGUUUCAGUUUUUGCUUAAGUUAGAUGAAAAAACAUUUUUUUCUGAUUUUUACAUAAAGUAAUUAUCUAUAAAAGAUAACUAUUUAAAAGUUAUGUUUAAUUGUUAAAAGUUAAACUGCCAAUAACGUGAAAAUAUAGCCAGAGGAAAAAAAGAGACUUCUCUUGAUAUAACGUAAAUGAUAACAGCAACUAACUUGUUUCACAGACAUUCCACAACAUGAAGUGUCACAAUAAAUUGAUUUUCUUUAAAAGUCUGAUGUCAUUUUUGGCAAGUUGUUGUGAUAUAAGAGGAAUAAAACACUUUGGAAAGUACUGUUAUAGGAAAAUAAUGAACUUCUGGGUGGUAAUAUACCU